AUGAUCGACUUCAUCCUCUCCCCAACGCAACAGCAAAUGCGCAAAGAAGCGGCCGGCUUCGCAGACCAAGUCCUCAAGGGUGCUCACGCCGUCUACUCCAAACAUGCCUCCCAAUCCGAGCGCUUCAGAUCUACUCGCCAGUUCUACCGCAUGGCCACAGCUGGCGGUAUGAUCAAAGGACAGAUUCCCACGGCUUUAGGUGGUGCGAACGAGUCGCUUGUAGAUGCUGCAGUAACUUUGGAGGAGCUCUUCGCAGCGGACACGAGUGUGACGCUGACUGUAGCUGCGACCGGACUGGGUUUGACGCCGCUGAUCAUGAGUGGACAUGAGAGGUUGCAGAAGGAGUAUCUGAAGCCGUUCUUGACUGGUGAAGGAGAGCCUUUGGCUAGUCUUGUGCAUUCUGAGCCGGGUGGUACGGCAAAUUGGUUGGAGACGGGUGGCAAGGGGUUGAGGACUACGGCAAGGAAGGAGGGAGAUGAGUGGAUUGUGGAAGGGGAGAAGUUAUGGACAACCAACAGUGGCGGCUGGGAUGGCAAAGGCGCAGACCUACAGUGCGUUGUCUGCCGCAAGAUCGUUGAAGGCCAAACCAACGGCGACGACAAGGACGUCGAACCCCGAUCAUCAGUGAUCAUCCUGCUGGUCACCCGCGAUAUUAUCGCACAGAACCACCCCUCCGCUUACACGAUCCUCGAUGAACCAGAGUUGAUGGGCUUCCCAGCUCACUCAGGACCACACAGCAGAUACUCGGGUCUGCGUGUCCCAGUCGACAACGUCCUAGCCGAAGGCGAAGCAGCCGCAUCUCUAAUCGAAAUGUCCUUCACAGCCUCUGCUGCUUUAGUCGGCGCAUUCUCCGUGAGCAUCAUGCGUGCAGCUUUCGACGCUGCUCUUGCUUUUGCGAAGUCAGACAGUCGCGGUGGGAGCGUGCCGAUCAUCGAGAGGCAGAGUGUUGCGGACUUGCUGAUCGAUAUCAAGAUGCGAGUCGAUGCUUCGAGGUUGUUAACCUGGAAGGCGUUGCAUUCGCUGGAGAAUGGGCCGGGAGAUGUGAAGUCGAGGCAGGAGCUGUGCUACGAGGCGAAGAUCUUUGCUUCGGAUAAUUGUGUGAGGAGUGUGACGGAUGCUAUGAGUGCUGUUGGGAUGACCUCAUAUCGCAAAGACCAGCCAUUUACACGGCUUCUGAGCGAUGCAUCCUGCCUGCCCUUGUUCGACGGAGGCAAUAUGGGAGUCAGGAGGCGCCAGCUUGAGAGGAUUUUCCAAAGUGAAGACUACAAUUCCUUGGGUGGCCUUUGA